AUGCCACCGGCUUUUUUCCUCUGCGGCAUUGUGGCCUUGUCGUUCUUCUUCCCCAUUCUCGGUCGUCCGGGGGGUUUAUUGUGGUUUCUAUAAUUAUCCACAAAGGCAUACCGUUUCUCUCUUUCUUACACUGCUAUGGAGACCCGCAUUUGUCCAAACUCAAACUCAAAGCCUACUACGCCUCGGGCUUCCUUGGGCUCAUCUUGCAUCUUGGCAACUCUGGUCCUGCUGCAGUGCAAUAAGUUCAGUCAACUUCGUGCCGCAAUGCAGGCACAUAUUCUCCGGACAUUCCUCUCCCCCUGUUUCCAACGUGGUCGGCUGUCCGGCAGCCUCUUCAAAUCACAGCUAACGAGUAAUGACAGCUACCGAUAUGCAGAACACGAGCAUAUUGGGUAGGUCGGCCGGCGACAGACGCCACUUCUCCAACAACUCGGCACUUGGUAACCCGAAGUCGGGGUAAUCCAUAGCCCCCAAGUGCACUCCACACGCCCUCCAGCUGCCCAGCUUCCCCCAGACCUCGGGGGUUGCUUGGCGAUCUUGAAAAACCUAGAUGCGCUCUGUCACCUCUCCCAAUCUCUCAAUAUCCCGAUCCCCCGAGCAAACGAGCCCUCUAGCGAAUUUCCCACUUAUCACUGCCCGCCGCCGCCUCCCAAUGCAUCUGUUGCGGAGAACAGGGUAGGGCCCUGCUUGCGGUAUGCGUCGCCGUCGACACCACCUGACCUCCGUUGCCCCUCCUCCCCAACCACCAACACCGCUUUCCUUUGCAUCGUCACCCGUGAGUGUGAGCUGGAGCUAGUAGCAAUUUGGCUAUGCACUUCUCCACACUCUCCAGGAACAAGACGAACGACGAGGGGUAAAAUGAGGAGAAGAGCGGUGCCGGCGUGCCGGUUGCGCGGUUUGAUGCUCGUUCGGGUUGGCUCAUGCAGGGGGGGGGGGGCUUCAGCCGCGAAUGGUAUAUAUUCAGCUGUCCGUCACGCCCGUUUCUUGGGUUGAGGUAGCAUUGUGAACUCAGUGUGGUCUUCCGUGUCUCUUUUACCCGUGACGUUGAAGCCCAAGAUGAGGAGCAGUCUCUUCGUCGCCGCCCUCGGGGGUCUCGUCUCCAACGCACUCGCCGCACCAACCCAGGCAGAGCCCUUCCUCACCCAGAUCGACAACCAGACGUGGAUCAUCGGCAACGAUGUCUGGAACAUGACCCAAGGCCUCAAAUACGGUGUGAAGCUCAACUACAAGAACCGCGACCUUGUCGGGAACGCCGUUGGCCACUAUGUCAGCUACAACGGCGCCGCCAACGACAUCGCCUGGACCUCGGCCAGCAUCGCUAAAAAGGGCACUUACGAGGGCAAGCCCUUCAUCGACGUAAAGUUCACCUCCAUCGACGGUGACUUCCACUGGGUGAUCUUCCAGGGGCUCGCUGGCGCCUACCAGUACUUCGUCAACCACAACCUGCCCACGCUGGGCGAGUUCCGUACCCUCUGGCGCCUCGAUAACGCGACGUUCCCCAACGGCAAGACGGGCCUCCACGACAAGCCGCUGCCGCCGCUCAGCGACUACCUGCCCGAGAAUAAGGUCCAGGACGAGACCUGGCGCACGCCCGACGGCUCCGGCUACAUCACGAAGUACGACUUCUCCGACUUCAUCCGCACCCAGAAGUACUACGGCGUCUACGGCGACGAGGUCGGCAGCUGGUACAUCAACGCCGGCAAAGACUACUACAAUGGCAACCACCUGAAGCAGGAGCUCAUGGUCCACCGUGAGAGUGCUACCGGCGACGCCGUGCAGCUCAACAUGAUCCACGGCACCCACUUCCAGGUCUCUGCCGUCGACGUCUUCCCCGACGGCAAGAUGUGGGGUCCCUGGCUCUGGUACCUGAACGACGGCUCCAAAUCCGACGCCGAGUCCCGCGCCGCCUCCGAAUUCGCCGCCUGGCCCUACCCCUGGCUCGAUGACGCUGCCUACCACUCUCGCGGCACCGUCAAGGGCAAGCUCCUCCUGUCCGACGGCCGCCCCGCCGCCGGCGCCGCCGUCUUCCUCGGCGACAACCGCCCCACCAAGACAGCCCUCGACAUGGGCUCCGACUACUACUACACCACCUACGCCGACGACCAGGGCGCCUUCGAGAUCCCGCACGUCCGCACCGCCGCCAACGGCUACGCCCUGCAGGCCUGGUCCAACGGCGGCGCCCUCGCCGACGUGACGACGCAGCUGCUCUUCAACGACGUCGACGUCGCCGACGCCCAGACCACGGACCUGGGCACCCUCGCCUGGGCUGUCUCUGACCGUAAGCGCCUCUUCCAGGUCGGCGAGUUCGACCGCACCUCGCUCGGCUUCGCCCACGGCGGCGACCCCUACUACGGCCACGCUAUCAUCGCCUCGUGCCCGGCCAACAUCGUCUUCCGCGCGGGCUGCUCCAAGCCGAGCGACUGGUGCUACGGCCAGACCCACAGGGGCAACUACACCAUCAGCUUCCGCAUCGGCGAGCUCCCCUCCCCGGCGCCCGAGACGGCGAACCUGAUCGUCUCGCUGGCCGGCUACUCAACCGGCACGAGCAGCGUCGUCCUCGCCAACGGGCAGCAGGUCGGCAACCUCACGAGCGGCGCCGUCGGCGCCGACUCCACCUCGGGCCUGCUCAACGACCCGUCCGUCUACCGCAGCGCCACGGCCGCCGGCGAGUGGCGCCUCUUCCAGUUCCCCGUCCCCGGCGCGCUGCUGAGGCAGGGCGAGAACGAGGUCACAUUCCAGCUGACGCGGAACACGACCUGGAGGGGUUUCAUCUGGGACAGCAUCGUCCUGGAGUGGUGAGAUUCAUUGUAACA